CCCUAGGGCGGGCGCAGGCUCCUCCUUGUCUCUCCUGCCGCUCGCUCCCACCCUCCUGCUAAUCCGGCGGCGCGCGGAGAAGUUCUGGGCAAAGUACUGAGAACGGGCCGCGCAGUCGCUGCGCCGACGAGCCGUCCCCGGCUGGGGGACUUGAGCGCUAGGCGGCUAGUGGGCUCCACGGACGCCGGCCCCGCCGUCCGUCUGCCAGUGGCCGACCCUGUCUCCGUCUCUUGCGGCUGGUACAGGAACAGUCAGCUGUGCUUUGCGGGGGGACCGGAGGAACCUGGAUUGUCUCCUCCCGGAUCUGUGGGCCAACCCCGGAGCGGAGCAGCGGGGAACGAGGCGGCGUCCUCGGCGCCAGGGCGCACAGGCAUUUCCUCUGGGUCAUCCAAAAUGCUUUUAAAAUGUGUGGACGUGUGGAGUAAGAGCUGAGCCACCUGCUUGUGUGGGACUUUCAUACUCUCUGCUCCACUGUCUUCUCAUGACAUUUUGACUGUAUCAAGACCACGUGACUCUGCUCAUGAUGAGUGAUGAGAAGAACCUUGGUGUGUCCCAAAAAUUGGUCUCACCUUCAAGGAGCACAAGUAGCUGUUCCUCCAAGCAGGGAAGUCGACAGGACAGCUGGGAAGUAGUGGAAGGACUAAGAGGAGAGAUGAAUUACACCCAGGAGCCACCAGUUCAGAAAGGAUUUUUGCUUAAGAAGAGGAAAUGGCCCUUGAAAGGCUGGCACAAGAGAUUCUUCUAUCUGGACAAAGGAAUCUUGAAAUAUGCCAAGAGCCAAAGUGAUAUAGAGAGAGAGAAGCUGCAUGGCUGCAUUGAUGUUGGGCUCUCUGUGAUGUCUGUGAAGAAGUCAUCAAAAUGCAUCGACUUGGAUACUGAAGAGCACAUCUACCAUCUGAAAGUAAAGUCAGAAGAAGUCUUUGAUGAGUGGGUAUCCAAACUUCGCCACCACAGAAUGUAUCGUCAGAAUGAAAUCGCCAUGUUUCCACAUGAAGUUAAUCACUUUUUCUCAGGAGCUACUGUCACAGACUCUAUGUCUGGGGUCUUGGACUCAGUAUCAAGUAGGAAGCAUAGCAGUUUAUCAAAGCAAAAUUCAUUUCAAACUGGAAGCAAUUUACCAUUUUCUUGUGGUGGUGAGACCCGAGUUCCAUUCUGGUUACAGUCUUCAGAGGACAUGGAAAAAUGCUCAAAAGACCUGGAACACUGUCAUGCCUACCUGGUGGAAAUGAGCCAGCUUCUACAAAGUAUGGAUGUCCUGCAUAGGACAUACUCGGCGCCAGCUAUCAAUGCCAUCCAGGGUGGAGCUUUUGAAAGUCCUAAAAAGGAAAAAAGAUCACACAGGAGGUGGCGGUCCCGGGCUAUUGGCAAAGAUGCUAAAGGAACGCUGCAGGUUCCUAAACCUUUUUCUGGCCCAGUAAGACUGCAUGCCUCCAAUCCUAAUUUGUCAACACUAGAUUUUGGAGAAGAGAAAAGUUAUUCAGAUGGCUCUGAAACCUCAUCAGAGUUUUCUAAAAUGCAAGAAGAUCUUUGUCAUAUUGCCCAUAAAGUUUACUUCACUUUAAGGUCAGCUUUUAAUACCAUAUCAACGGAGAGAGAGAAACUGAAGCAGCUGAUGGAGCAGGAUGUCGCCUCCUCCCCCUCUGCCCAGGUCAUUGGUCUGAAGCUCGCCCCGUCAUCCAUAAUGUACCUGAAGCUUAAAUGCUGUAAAUUGUCCUUGAGGAGAAGCGAUAACAUCCUUCAAACUUACACCUCCAAGACAGCCUUCUGGAGUCUUGAAUUGAUGAUGCAGGAAAACUCCAGAGAUGACAACCGAGCUCUGGUGCAUCAGCUUUCCAAUGAAAGUAGACUCUCCAUCACUGACUCCCUUUCAGAGUUCUUUGAUGCACAAGAAGUUCUGUUAUCGCCAAGCUCUUCAGAAAAUGAGAUUUCUGAGGAUGAUUCAUAUGUCAGUGACAUAAGUGAUAACCUUUCCUUAGACAAUCUCAGUAAUGAUUUAGAUAAUGAGAGACAGACCUUGGAGCCUGUUCUUGAAAGUGGUGGAGAAGCAAAGUCCAAAAGAAGAACUUGCUUGCCGGCGCCGUGCCCCAACACCAGCAACAUCAGCCUAUGGAACAUUCUAAGAAAUAACAUAGGGAAGGACUUGUCUAAAGUGGCCAUGCCAGUGGAGCUAAAUGAACCACUGAACACGCUGCAGAGACUCUGUGAAGAGCUGGAGUACAGUGAGCUUCUGGACAAGGCCUCACGAGUUCCCAGUGCCCUGGAAAGGAUGGUGUAUGUGGCAGCCUUUGCUGUGUCAGCAUACGCAUCCAGCUACUUCCGGGCUGGGAGCAAGCCCUUUAAUCCUGUUCUUGGAGAAACGUACGAGUGUAUUCGCGAGGACAAGGGCUUCCGUUUUUUUUCAGAACAGGUCAGCCACCAUCCACCUAUCUCUGCAUGUCAUGCUGAGUCUGGAAAUUUUGUUUUCUGGCAAGAUGUGAGAUGGAAAAACAAAUUCUGGGGCAAAUCCAUGGAAAUUGUUCCCAUUGGCACAACCCAUGUGACUCUGCCGGUUUUUGGAGAUCAUUUUGAGUGGAACAAAGUGACCUCUUGCAUCCAUAACAUCUUAAGUGGGCAGAAAUGGAUUGAGCACUAUGGAGAGAUUGUCAUCAGGAACCUGAGUGAUGAUUCCUGCCACUGCAAAGUGAAUUUUAUAAAGGCAAAAUACUGGAGCACUAAUGCCCAUGAGAUUGAAGGUACAGUAUUCGACAAGAGUGGAAAAGCAGUACAUCGGAUAUUUGGAAAAUGGCAUGAAAGCAUCUAUUGUGGUGGCUCCUCUUCAUCUGCUUGUGUCUGGAGAGCCAAUCCCAUGCCGAAAGGUUAUGAGCAGUAUUAUGGCUUCACACAGUUUGCGCUAGAAUUAAACGAAAUGGAUCCAUUAUUGAAGUCUUUAUUACCACCUACUGACACUCGAUUUAGGCCAGACCAAAGGUUUCUAGAAGAAGGGAAUAUAGAAGAAGCUGAAAUACAAAAGCAGAGGAUUGAACAGCUACAGAGAGAAAGGCGGAGGGUCUUAGAAGAAAAUAACGUGGAACACCAGCCUCGGUUUUUCAGGAAAUCUGAUGAUGACUCUUGGGUGAGCAAUGGCACCUACUUGGAUCUUAGAAAAGAUCUUGGCUUUUCCAAACUGGACCAUCCUGUCUUGUGGUAAAAGGAAAAAAAGAAUGAGACAUCCUUGUACUCUCCUAUGUUUGCUUUCUAAAGCCACAAACCUGUAUCUGUAUAUUUAAAAGGUACUAUCUAGGUUGAUCACUUGUGCUUAGCUUAGAAUUGUAAGUAUUUAAGGAUAUAUUUUCUUCAAUAGAUUCUUUACAAUUUUAAAUGUUAUCACAAUCAUUUAUAUGAAUGUAGAACACCUUGAUAUUUCUUUUUAUAUAUAAACUAUUUAAUAAAAAUGAAAGAUUGAAUGUUAAUGUGUGGGUUAAAAAAGAAGCUUUAACACUAACUUUCCAAAGGUUACAAAAUUUCAAAUUAAAUUUAUGCCUUAUAGAAUUAUGUUGGAGAAAAAAAUCCAUCUCUCCCUGGUGCAUUAGGAAAUAAGAACACCCAGGGUUACGCACCCAUGCAUAAGCUACCCAAGUUUAAUUUGAUAGCUCGGAUAUCUUCUUGCCUCCAACAGCUCUUGAAUCGCCCAGACAGAGCAGUUUUGCCGAGGCUGCUCUGAAGAACAUUUGUGUUUGCAUCUCGGUAGUUGGGAGGAUGGAAUAAUUUUAGUGGAGUGUAUAUUUUUAUAUGAGAUGGAUAUGAGACCUUCUUGAAGUGGAAGUAUUUGAGCUCAUCACUCUCUAUAGUUUUAUUGCCUAUGUGCCAAUUUGUACAGUUACUCAGAGCAAUCGUUGUUAAUCUGAGAAAUCCCCAUUAAUUAAAUGUUUUAAUGGCAUCCCAGAGAUGCAAUAGGAAAUCUCUCCUUAGUGAGAACUGAACCCUUUACAAAUUAAAAAACUAUUUUCUGCUACCCACCCACUCUUAGUUUCCCUGCUGUCCCCACAUCUCCGUCAAGUAUGGAGUGUUCCAGUUUAGUGUAAAACAUACAGCACAUUCCACACAGGAGUUUGAUUUUCUAAAAGCUUAGCAAAAUAACUGUUUAAAAUAACUCAACAUGUUUUUCUUAAAUACCAUUUUGGUAUUUUCUACCUCUUAAUAACACCACAUUUGAGAUCUUGUAUAAAAAGUUUGACCAUCUGCCUUACAGACAAAUGUAGAGAAUUGAUGUUCUUCCUUUGUGUUGUGUUCUGAUAAAGCUGUAAGUGUCUUAUCCCUUUCCUCUACUUCCUUCUUAGUCACACCACCCUUUUGUGAGUUUUGCAGUAGUCUUGAAUAAUACAGAUCAUAACUAUUUAAAGGGGAAACUUUUUAAAUGUGUUAUUUCAAAGUACAAUAGAAUUUGUGCAGUGGUUGAAUGUGUUAUCAAAGCAAUCCCUACUUCUGCCCAGAUUACAUUAAAACCAAAGCCUCAUUUUUAAGACCUUUACUUUAAUGUCUGUAACAGUCCUUUGGGACAACUAGUGUAAUGGUGUGGGAUUUCUCCAGAAAACAUUUUUAGAUUUUUAAAUAAUUUCAGAGCAUGUAGAAUGCUAUGAAUGAAAAGUAGAAUAAAUAACAAAAAAAUGCAUGACUUUUCAGUAUCACACCAAAUAACCAGUUGGACAGUAUUUUAUUUUCAAAAUGUAAAGGUAUUUGAAGUGGAUCAGUGAUCUUUUGGAAUCUGCAGGUAACUAGCAUUUAAAAACAAUGACUUAUUAAAUAUUACAUUCAUUCAUUCCAUUUUAUCAAGGUGUCAAGAUGAGCACAGUGUGAGUAUCACUUCUAUUUCUAAGCAGUUCAGUGACACAAUCAAAUUCUUUGGUAUGUGCUUUGUCUUUUUCUUUCCAAGCAUGUAUCUAAAUUCUGCUCACAGACAGGAAGUGGCAGGCUAUAGAUUUAAGGGUACUCAAAGGGAAAACAAAUCUAGUUUUCACAUUGUGAAGAUUAAUGUAGAAUUUUAAAAAUACUGAUCAUUAGAUAGGCCUGCUCCAGAGGCUGGCUCAAAGAGAAAAACAACAACAAAACAAAACAUGCAGCCUGGAUGGAUGUAGCCUCGCCAUCAGUAUUUGGAAUUCUGUAAUUGUUCCAGUACUGUUAUUUCAAUUGAUCUUAUGCUUUAUUAUGGAAUUACAAGGAUAAAUGGAACAAAUAACACCUUUGAGAUGGGCGUGAGGAUGAAUUAGAAUAUAAUACAGAACUAUAUGCAAAUUUAAAAGUCUACUAGUCAGAAGCAGCAUCUAUAAAGGGCUUUUUCUGAAAUUUAAACAAUUUGCUGAUGCAGCCUUAUACUAUAAUCUUAAAACUACCUUGAGGGGGAAGUGGCUUCUUUUUCCCCUCAGUCCCUAUUUUCAAAAGCACCUUCCCACCUAACUUGCAGCUGAAGGGCAUUUUAUAUUUUUAAGAUGAAGAAAACAGAAACAAGUUAUUGUUGUUUGGGAAGAAUUGAAAUAUAAUUUAAUUUUUGGGACUUUGAAUCUCCCAAUUAAAUAAUGCCAAUUUGAGAUACAUAUUUUAAGAUAACUCCGCUCAAGAUACCUGUUUUCACUUCUAUUUUAUUCCUGAUUAUUCCAUCCCAAGUUUAUGCUGAAUCGCCAGAUAGUCUUGGAAAUGGGAACUUUUGCAGUCAACCUCAUUGCACUUCACAUGUUCCUGUGGCUAUUGAUUGCCCCAAGCUGCAGGUGAUCCACUGAAGAAGGAGCCAACAGAGUCCAGUGUAGCCAGGCAGCCGAUCUCUUCCCUUCCCAAGCCCCAAGCACAGGCUGGUAUUUCCCUAAUAAUCCAAGUCUCAGUGCUGCUUCUCUAAGCAGUUCACCUCUCAGAGCCAGGCUGUUUCUGGUCCUAAUUAAACCAAGUUCAUUUUAGGACAACUGUCCAGUAAUUCAUCAAGUCCCCAGAAUGCCCAGAUGCCCCCACAGUCCUCAUUUACUUCCUAUGGGAUUUUGGGGGAGAAAAAAAUGUACAGACCAACUUUUUAAAUGUUCACUUCAUUCAAACUGCUGCUUUUAUAAUACUCUACUUCUAAUUACUUUCAACAAAGCAUCUGCUUAAGCUUCAAGUACUGUCCUUCAUCUGUAUUUUCUAGAUUUAUGAUGAAUAGUCUUAUUCUACCAUUAACAAUGUCAAUCCUAAAAGAAAAAUAGAAAAGUAUGAAGUUUUUAUUUGGCUGUUGAACCUUGUUGUAGGCCUACUACAUAUGCUACAGUUAUAUUAUGCCUUCCAACUAUCAUAGAAUUUCCUCAGACCUUUUAGUUAUGAGUAGGAGCAAUAAGAAGUUGUUCUUGUAAUCUUAGGAGUAAUAGUUCCAAUGUAUUGGCAUAGUUUACUUGAAUGUCUUUAAUUUUGAUAUUCACAUCAGCAUAAAUCUAUUUUUGCUACCAGACAAUAGUUAUUUUCAUGUGCUUGAUUUUCCUCUGUAUUAUAUUAAUUGGUUACUCAGUCUCAGUCCUUAUUUUUCUGUGUUGGAAAUAUGUACCACAUGAGUAUCUGCAAGUCAUGACAGUCUCAAAUGCAAGCCAUUUUCAGAGACUUUGGCUUUAGGGAAUGCAGUGAACAGAAAUUGCUAAUAUAUUUUAUUUGUAAUGAUUUUAUCUUCCUGUUACCCUGAGGGGAUACUUUUUUUUUAAAUGGAUAUCUGUACAUCUUCCAUGAAAUUGUUUAUAUUUUGUUUAAAUCCCCACCCUUCCACCCAUACCCGUAUGCCUCCAAGAGCUCCCGCUAAUUUGUUUCUUCCCCUCAUGUAGCUAGCUGACUGAAUAAAUAACAUGGA